AUGAGCUCCCCCGGCACGGAGGGCGCGGGCAAGCCCCUGCAGUACCGCGUGGACCACCUGCUGAGCGCCGUGGAGAGCGAGCUGCAGGCGGGCAGCGAGAAGGGCGACCCCACGGAGCGGGAGCUGCGGGUGGCGCUGGAGGACAGCGACCUGUGGCUGCGCUUCAAGGAGCUCACCAACGAGAUGAUCGUCACCAAAAACGGCAGGAGGAUGUUCCCGGUGCUGAAGGUGAGCGUGUCGGGGCUGGACCCCAACGCCAUGUACUCCUUCCUGCUGGACUUCGUGGCGGCCGACGGGCACCGCUGGAAGUACGUGAACGGGGAGUGGGUGCCGGGCGGGAAGCCGGAGCCGCAGGCGCCCAGCUGCGUCUACAUCCACCCCGACUCGCCCAACUUCGGCGCGCACUGGAUGAAGGCGCCCGUCUCCUUCAGCAAAGUCAAACUCACCAACAAGCUCAACGGCGGCGGGCAGAUCAUGUUGAACUCUCUGCACAAGUAUGAGCCAAGGAUUCAUAUAGUGCGAGUGGGUGGCCCGCAGCGGAUGAUCACUAGCCAUUCCUUCCCAGAGACCCAGUUUAUAGCCGUGACGGCCUACCAGAACGAGGAGAUCACAGCUUUAAAAAUUAAAUACAAUCCGUUUGCAAAGGCAUUUCUUGAUGCAAAAGAAAGAAGUGAUCACAAAGACAUGAUGGAGGAAGUGGGAGACAACCAGCAGUCUGGGUAUUCGCAGUUAGGCAGUUGGCUUAUUCCCGGGACUGGGACUCUGUGCCCACCUGCCAAUCCUCACCCUCAGUUCGGAGCCCCCCUGUCGCUCUCCCCUGCUCACAGCUGUGAAAGGUACUCAUCGCUGAGGAACCACCGUCCUGCCCCCUACCCCAACCCCUACACCCAUAGAAACAACUCGCCAACCUAUGCCGAUAACUCCUCUGCCUGCCUUUCCAUGCUGCAGUCCCAUGACAACUGGUCUUCUCUAGGAGUUCCCCCACACACGACGAUGCUGCCCAUGAGUCACAGCACUGGCACAGCUACCAGCUCCAGUCAGUAUCCUAACUUAUGGUCUGUGAGUAACAGCACCAUCACACCGGUGUCUCAGUCGAGUGGGAUGUCCAACGGCCUGAGCUCCCAGUUUUUACGUGGCUCUCCAGCGCACUACGCUGCCCUUCCACACCCGGUCACUGCCGCCUCUUCUGCCUCCCCCCUGUACGAUGGUGGGGCUGCCACGGACCUGCCCGACAGCCAGUAUGAUGCCUCCGCACAUGCCAGGCUAGCAUCCACGUGGACGCCUGUCACCCCCCCUUCCAUGUAA